CGCAGGCGCAGACGCAGGCGCAGUUUUCCGUGGCGGGGCUCAGCUGAUGCCGUUGUGGUCCUCCCCCUCCCCCGCCGCGCUCGGCCCCGAACCGGGACCAGGGACGCCGUGACCGCGUCCUGUGGCCUGCCCGCGCCGGAGCAGCCCGGGACCACGCAGCGCCCCGCGUGCCGACCAUCAGAGAACUGUAUUAAGUUUCCGAGACCGUGAUAUAAACAUUGAGCCCAAGGCAGGGCUAAAGGGGUCUAGAACUCCUUUUUAAACCUCAAACAUGGGAAAGUCGCUUUCUCAUUUACCUUUGCAUUCAAAUAAAGAAGAUGCUUAUGAUGGGGUCACAUCAACAGACAACAUGAGGAAUGGACUGGUUAAUAGUGAAGUCCAUAAUGAAGAUGGAAGAAACGGAGAUGUCUCUCAGUUUCCAUAUGUGGAAUUCACUGGAAGAGACAGUGUCACUUGCCCUACUUGUCAAGGAACAGGAAGAAUCCCUAGGGGGCAAGAAAACCAACUGGUUGCAUUGAUUCCAUACAGUGAUCAGAGACUACGGCCAAGAAGAACAAAGCUGUAUGUGAUGGCAUCUGUGUUUGUCUGCCUGCUCCUGUCGGGAUUAGCUGUGUUUUUCCUUUUCCCUCGCUCUAUUGAUGUGAAGUAUAUUGGCGUAAAAUCAGCCUAUGUCAGUUACGAUUUUGAAAAGCGCACAAUAUAUUUAAAUAUCACGAACACACUAAAUAUAACGAAUAAUAACUAUUAUUCCGUUGAAGUUGAAAAUAUCACUGCUCAAGUUCAGUUUUCAAAAACAGUUAUUGGAAAGGCACGAUUAAACAACAUAACUAACAUUGGUCCACUUGAUAUGAAGCAGAUUGAUUAUACAGUACCUACAGUUAUUGCAGAGGAAAUGAGUUACAUGUAUGACUUCUGCACACUGAUAUCCAUCAAAGUACACAACAUAGUACUCAUGAUGCAAGUUACUGUAACAACAACAUACUUUGGCCACUCUGAGCAAAUAUCCCAGGAGAGGUACCAGUAUGUUGACUGUGGAAGGAACACGACUUACCAGUUGGGGCAGUCUGAGUAUCUAAAUGUCCUUCAGCCUCAGCAGUAAAGUCUGAAGGACAUGUAAUUAGAGCAGAUGAAUCACUGUAGAUAUUUUCCAGUCCAUGCGGAAGUACUUCCUUAUAGGAUAUUUUAAAUUGAACAGACCUAAAGUUUACACUUGUGUUUCAAGAGUUCAGUUAAAGGAUUGUGGUCAUGCUGUUACUGCACCAUCCAUUCUGUGUGAAUGAUGCACUUGUACCGGAGUCUUGUACUUGAAUGUAAAUUAACUGAUUAACUCUCUUCUGCCCUCUGUCCCCAAAAAGAAAAAACUGAGACUUCCUCUGUAGUAUAAUAAAAAAUUAUAUAAAAGUCAUAGAUUUCAUCCAUAACUCUCCUGAAAGCAUAUUUUGGUCAUGAACAUAAUUUGAAAACCAGCUUCUGAAGAUUUUUUUUAGAAAAUUACUGAGAGCCUGUUAUUCAUGGAGGACUUUAAAAAAUGAACCUGUUUUAUAAAUUCCCAUUGGUACAUGAUAGCUUUUCAACCACAUGAUAAUUUAGCUUAUAGCUACAUGUUUUUAGCCUUUAAUAUGUUGGAAUCCCACUCAUUUGCAUGUUUUUGUCUGUGUUUAUUUCUGGCUAGCAGUUGCAUAAUGGUGACCAACCAAAAUAAUCUUUUCAAAAUUCUGUUCCUAAAAUUUUUAAGAACCUCUAAGUAAGAAUAUAUUUUAUGUGUCUUUCCACAGUAGUUGUAGCUUUGUGAAUUUUUUGUGUGAUCUUCAAACAUAUCCCUUUACUGUACAAUAUUGUAAAUAAACAGCAUGGCUUUUAUACAGCUUUGAUAAAUAUAGAAUAAAGUGGUACAGAUUCCAAAUUAAAGCAAAUUGCUUAUAAAAAUAAAUAAAAUUAAAAAAAUGAAACCCAGAAACCUAUAAAGUUUCUUAUUAGGUUCUAAUUACAUUUGGGAUCUGACAUAAAAUAGAGGUAAAAUAAAAAAUUUUGAUACUUUUUGUGUUGUUUUUGGUAUAACGUAGACACUUUUCAUAAUGAUUAGGUAUCUAAUCAUCAAUUUUAUGAACGUUUAGGGAAGGAAAUUAUUUUUUGCUACAAAUUAUUCAAGAAAUCCUUUCAUUAAAUACUGGUGGUUAUAUCAAAAUAAAGCCUAUAUUAUGCUUUUGCAAAUUUAAUCACUUGCACAUCAUAUUGAUUUGAUGCUUCUAGCAGUUGUGUAAGGAUUCUGCUUUCAGUUUUAAUUUCAUCUAAAUUGUCCUCAAGUAUAGUGACUGAUAUGUUCACCUUGCUGGUUUAUAUUUCAGUGUCGUUUGCCAUGAGGUCAUUUUCCCUAUUCAUCCACCAAGUUCUAAGGACUCUUAAAUACAUAGCACUAAGACAGGAGCUGAGUAUGAUACUAGAUUAGUUUCUGUUUUCUUACAACAAAUAUCAGGUUUUCUGUCUCCCAUACCCAAGUGCCUGACUUAGUAGUGGUAUAUAGCUCAUUAUCAGUCUUCUCUCAACUAAAACCAUGAAUUUUAGUGGUAUAGUUCUACCCUUUAAGCACACUCAUAUCUUCCCGUAGCUUUUGUACUGUAUUAUCUCACAUAACUAGGCAUUCCUUAACCAAUGCUAAAUUAACUGUCUUUCCUAUUAAACCCAGGUUAUCCCUUUACAUUUAUUUAUUUUGUCAAACCAGUCUUUGUUUUGAUUUUUUUUGUCUGCCAAGUACUCUGAUUCCUCCAUUCUCCUUGAAGCUGCACACUUCUCUGGGUAUCAGUUCUGCCUACAUUUUUCAAGUCAGUCUCAUUUUCCAUGAUUCUCUCCCUGACAAGACUUAUGUCUCUGAGCCAUCUAGAUUCCAUUUUACCUAGAAAUUUCUAAUACUGUUACUUUAGAAGUCCCUGGUAUUUAUGGUUGUAGGUCUGUCAUCUUACCUGACCAGUCACCAUUGUAGUUUCACAUUUACCUGGUGAAUUAGAAUAUUUUAGUGAUCUUCUAUAUGAAAACCCAAAAAAUGUUAAGGACAUCUUUUUAUGAUUUUUCCCCCUCUCUGAUUUCCUGCUUUAUUACAUGUACAAAAAAGUCGCCAUCUGUUUAUUUCUUCAGAAUCAACCUUUUUUUAGAUAUGGCACAUAUGAUAAUCAAUUCUUAUGCUUCUGCUUUGUGUAUUUUAGUUGUAGAAGACUGCAUGGUAUAAAUGAAGUCCUGUGCCUGUGGUUUCUAGAGUGCAUGUGCAGGACACCUGAAGAUACAGGAGAGUGCAGGACCUUUGCUCCUGGUGACUUAAGUUUACAUAUUCUUUCUUCACUCAUUUAGUUACAUCUAGUUUCAAUAAAGUUAAGUCAUUUAAAAAAAAGUAGAAUUUAAAACAAGUAAAUGACCAAUAGAAUAGAAAUAAAAAUGGCCUAUAACUCCUUUCAAAGAGAAUCAAAUAACUCCCAAAUGAUCCUAGAACAUGGCAGGCCAUAAAUCAUUAAAACUACAAAACUUAUUUUGGAGAAGCCAAAUAUAGCCAUAUAAAAUCUGGAGAAAUGACUGAGGCUUUUAACUUUCCUUAGGUCAGUGUCCAGCAUGGUUUCUGGAAAGGAGCUAGAAUUGGUGUUAAUCUGUUUUUAUAAGUGUGCUCAGAAUGCCCCAGACACAUGAUGAUGGUGCUUUAGCAUCACUCUCAUGCUUUCAGAAAUAAGUUUCAGUUUUACCUUAACUUCCACUCCACGGUAUUCAGUGCCCUCUUCCCACCUCUUCAGGCAUUGGACGACAUGGGUGCACUUACACACAUGCAAGCAAUACACUCAUACACAUAAAAUAAAAAUAAAAAUUUUUCAAAAGCCGUGUCAUUCUAAACCAGUCCAAUACUGUAACAAGCCUGUGUGGGUUGAUACUGUGUAAAUAGCACCCUGGCUCUUUCUAGAGCUCUUUCAUUUGUUUUCUCCCAUGAGUUUCUAGCAGGGCAAGAAACUUGGAGACACUGAAGGACUUGCUUUAGAAUUACAUAUUAGUAAAUAGUUUCACUGGGACCAGAACUAGGUUCUCUGUCUCCCAAAUCUGUGCUCUGUCACUUAAAAUAUUCACUAGAAGUCCAUUGUAACUCAGGUUAGUAUGAUUAAAAAUUAGAAGGGACCAGCAAGGUACUUCAAAGGAUAAGGGUGCUCGCCACCAAACCUGAUGACCUGGGUUCAAUCCCUGCAACCAUGUCCUUAAAGGAGAGAACUGACUUCUACAAGCUAUUCCUUUUGACUUCUACAUGUACAACAUGACACAUGCACACCCCCCCACGACACAAAUAAAUGUAAAAAGAAUUAGAAGAAAAGUUCAUGAAGUUAAUACUGACAAUAAAAAAUCAGUGCUCUAGGACUAAGAUUUUGCUAGCCAUAUGUUGCUACCUGAAAUAUUUGAAAUAUUUUAAAAAGUAGAUUGAGCAAUGUAGAGUACUUGAGCAAAAUCUAGUUUCAUUUUUGUGUUAACAUGUAAUACUCCUUAAUCAUUUCAAUAAAGAUCAAACUGACAUAAUGUUAGUGUGAAUUAUUUACAAAUAAGAUAAAUUAUUAUAUUUGAAGUUUGGAAUACAAUAUGCAAAUUAGUAGAUAAAUUUCUUGAAAUUGCUAAAAGACCAUCUUUACUGUGGCAACAGUUAACACAGUUAAUGACCAUCAUUUUAUUUGUGUACAACAGUUUUCUUAUUCUUGUUUGCAUGAGUUUAAUGAGGUAAUUAUUUUUUCUAAAAAUGAAUAUGAAAGUGCAACACCAGAUCUUCUGAUUGGCACUUUGGAGAUGACAGUGCAAUGUAAAAUUAGGGAGGAAGUGACUGCCAAAGCACAGUAAAAGUCACGUGUUAGGAGAUUUGAAAUUCGGCCACGAUGAAUCCUUUGUGGUUCUUAGCCUUGUCAUAGCUGUAUAAUUCUGGAUAUUUCAUUGCCGGACAUGUUGUCAACUGUCUUCAAUAUGUUUGUCUUUUAAACUACCUAAAACCAGUGGUUCUUUAUAUGAUGAUUACGUCUUAUUUAAGAAAAUUGUUUUAGUCAGAUACUUUUUAAAAGAUGAACAUUUUUAAAUUUUCAAAUACAUUAUCAAUCUUGUUUGAUAAUCAAUGUGAAUUAAACUAAAUGCUACUAGUUUAUAAGCAGAAGUUAAACCAUAAUGUCAUCAGAUAGAGGUUUUUAGAUCACUACAAAGCAGCAGCUGCUUGGCUCAAGUACAUCUCAGAACUACUCUUGUUUCUUCCUUUUUGUAUAAUUAGACUUUGUAUGUUAAGAAAAAUUACUAAGCAUCUGAGAUAGUGGAAUGAAAACCUUUUAACCAUUAUGUCUUUGUGAUUUUUAGAUUAAAACAAAAUGUAUUUGUGGUAUACUUGGAUGAAAAAUUUAACUUGUGGUUCCCAGAUCUACUUCUAUCAAACCUUUUGCAGUUUCUGAUUGGAAUUAACAUUUGUGCAUUUUUUCGCUUGCUUAGAAAGCAUAUUUCGAAGAGGCGUUUUGAAAUAGAUUUUUAAUUUGGAUAAAACCAAAAGUGGUAUAGUUACUAUAAUAAUAGAAAUGGAUUUACACUCUUUAAACUGUCAGUGUGAUUUCAUUUGUAGUUGUUGUGACACGUGUCUAUCACACAUUCUAAAUUGAAGAACAUAAUACAGCUGGUGUUUGACCCUCAAAACAAUGCAAAAACUAAUCCAAAUGUAUGGCAAGCUUUUCAUUGUUAACUCUUAACUAUUCCAGAAGGAAGUUGUCGCCUUCUAUUUAAUCACAUUAAUUGAAAUGUGUUCUUAAACACAUUUCUUAAGAAAUCCUUUCAUGAUAUUUUGUAUACCGUAAAACAAAAAGGAAUAGUAUUGGCCAAUGGCUGAAAGGUGUUAUACUAUCAUGUAGACUAUGACAGUUCAGCAUGCUCCACUUUACCUAGAACUUUAGAAACCAGAAGUAUGGGAGAAGCAGGUAUCAGUUGUGUUCGGUGCUUCUUAAGCACUGCCUCCCUCUUUCCAUCACCUUGGGUGAAGUGCAGCAAUGCCAGGCUGCACCAGAUGCAGGAUUUUAUUACAUAGGAGUUGGCUUCAGGCAUAAAGUUACAGCUACCAUACCCGUGUGUUUUCUAGUGUCUUUUAGAACAAAAUUUUUAAAGAUUUUGGAAAAUAUGGGAUGCUUGCUGAUUAUAUGAAUGAUGACUAAACUCUAACCCUUAAAACUGCGGCUAUAGAAUGUGAAAUAUAUUCUGCAUACUUUUUUUUUAGUGGCCUCUGUCAUGGUACAUUUAUUCAAUUUGCUAUUUUAACAGUUCUGUAAUUAUAGCUCUUAUUGCUCCUCAUGUAAGAAAACAUGCUUAUGAUAGUAGCAAGGGAUUAGAAAUGCCCCCAAAUGCUAUUUUUAAAAUUCAGUUGUAUCUGUUACUCUUUAACUAUGUAUGAAAAAAUAAAACAUAAAAAUUUUAGCAUGAAAAAUAAAA